GUCCGCACGCUCCUCCAAACUUUACGCACGGAUGUCCUCCUGUGGAAGCGUUUGACUCUGGAUUUUCAUUUGUUUCAGCUGAGCCGUAUUGUUCCAAACAACUUCUCUACCGAUUGGAAACGGUCCCAGACUCCUGACUGCUGUUAAAGUUGGACUUUUCAGAACUUUUCUCUCUUCUGUUUUUAUUUGAUUCGCCUCAUUCCAGCAGACAGAUGCAGUAAAUCUAGAAAAAAAUGACCGCUUUCUUAUUAAAGUGCCUGGUCUUGGCGCUGUGCAUCAGUGCGCACAGGCUCUUGGCAGACCCCCGGGCUGAGGAGGAUGAUGGAUCCGGUGACAGCGCCUCGACCCUGGCCUUUGUGUUCGAUGUUACCGGCUCCAUGUACGACGAUCUGAAACAGGUGAUAGAGGGCGCCUCACGGAUCCUGGAAAAGACCCUCAGCCGGAUUACAAGACCCAUCAAAAACUUUGUCCUGGUCCCCUUCCACGACCCAGGUACUUUUUCACUUUACAAACUUUGCUCUUCUUUACAGUCAGGCUAAAAUUUGCAACUUUUAUUAUUUUACAAGUUUGUGAAUUAAUGCAUACAAACGAAAUUUAUGUCAGAAUCAGUCAAAAUGUCAGAUUAUUUCAUCAGGUAGUUUGUUGCACAUAUAAGACGUUUCAAACUUUUGUUAUUAUGAGUUAAAACUGACUUGAAAAUCUCUAAAAACUCAGAGUUUCUGUCAGCUCGUAGCCCACAGGUGUUUUAGUAGAAAUCCAAGAAUCUGGUGCAUCAUGUUCAACCCAAACCGAUGUAGGUCAUUGAGCAUUUAAGCUUUUAGAGUGGGGGUCUCUGAGGGACAGGUAAGGCUCCUCACCCCCUGAAUCUGCCCUCCUAUAUGGGAAAGCUGCAGCUUGAAAAUAAGAGUGCUUUAAUGGGGGAGGGUGUUCGAGCACUGAUGAGAAGCAUAUGCUGUCUGCUUGUGUGUAAUUACCCCAAUCACCCCCCUAUCCCCGACUCACCCCACCCUCCCCUCCAUCCAAGCCUCCGGAAAAACCCUCAUAGCCCCUGGUUUAGCCAGCCAGGGGGGGGUGGGCUGCACUAACACCACACAUUUUGUCUUGUGUUUAAUGUGCCCUGCCCUUUGGGACCUUGUAAACUUCCAGGAUUGUAGAGAAGCCGCGUCGACUGACAAAGAGGCGUGACAGUGCUGUCAGUGUUUUACAGUCACUCAUGAGGGGGAGACGAGGACUUGAAAGCCUCGAAAGCUGGAAAAAAAAGAGAGGGAUGACGGGUGAAAAAUGUCAUCAGUCGACACAUGUCUGCGAGUGAUUCUUCAGAACCACAACAAGCACAGACACAGAUCAUGAGGCUCCACCCCGGCUGAUAAAAGUCUGCUCUGUAAUAACUAUAAUGAUGAGAGGCUGGUGUUUAUGGACAGCACUGUUCCAUAGUCAAACAAUGCAUUCCCUGUGUAUUGGUUAAUGUUUACUGUUUGGUAGACUGGCCCCUGAAGGCGUCCAAGUAAGUGUCAGGCCCUGACAGGCUCCUAUCCAUCAUACGGGCUCCGCUGCUGCUCGGGACCCGAGGACGUCGCCCAACAGAAAAAUGCUGAAUCCAGCUGCAGAAAAUAACGACUCAGUCAUCAGUAAACUUUUAAAGGAAGUUUUUAGAGAUUUGAGAGAAACUAAAUCCUGUAAAACACUAAAAUCUUGUUGCUCUUCUGUGGCGUGUUUAUGUGCGUGUGAUUGUUUUUCAUGUAAGCUGCAGGGCAUCAAUCUGGUCCUGAUGAAUGAGGAUGUGGCUGAGGAGUGUUUGAUGCUGUCUGUGCGUCUCCUUUACCUUCAAAGCAGAAGGCCUGAACUCAAUCCUCUGCUCCAGAUGCGUUUGGAAAGACAAAGACCUUAAAGCUCCUUUUGUCAGGAAAUGUUUUUGUUGUAUGUCAACAUCACCGUCUCCUAUGCAGCCGACUUGAUCUGAUUUACUCAGAGCUUUAGGAUCUUUAAUGGUUUAUGUUUAAAUCCUGCAGAUAUCGGCCCCGUGUCUAUCACCACCGACCCAAAGAAGUUCCAGCAGGAUCUUCAGGAACUGUUUGUCCAGGUAGGAACCCGAACAAAUGAACAGCUACAGCUGUGUGGAGCCUUAUGAAACAAUGGCACGAAUACAGAAAUGUGGGAUAUAAAUUGGUUGUCUGUGAUCGAUGGUUGUGGUGAAAGUAAAGCCAAAAAUGCUCCAUUGAAAGUUGAUUUAUUGAAGAAGUUUUUGAUCACUGAUGUUUUCGUCUUCCAGGGUGGAGGUGACUGCCCUGAGAUGAGUAUCGGAGCCAUAAAGAAAGCCUUGGAGGUUUCUCUUCCCGGAUCUUUCAUCUACGUCUUCACCGAUGCCCGAGCAAAAGACUUUCGCCUGAAGAGAGAUGUUCUGCAGCUGGUGCAGCUCCGACAAUCACAGGUACACUUCAAGAAACUUUGUUUAUGCACAUGUAGAAACCUUAACACCAUCAGUCUGAUGUUGGAAGUCAAAUGAAGUUAUCAUAGAUGAUGCACACAGGAUUAAAGCUCCUGUAGGUUCUUUUUUAACCUCAGAUUUGGUCUUAAAAAAGCAGAACAAAACACUCGUUUGUUUGCAGCUUUUUGCUCUGCAGCGUUUGGAGUAUCUCUGCGUUUGUAACAAAAGACUAACAGUGGCGUGCUGCGAAAGAUCUACAUUCCUAUAAACUUCCCCGAUGCUCAGCUGAGCGAGGAAAACUCUCUUCAAAGUAACACACUUUCAGUCCCUACGUGAAACACGACAAUGAGCAUUAGCGUCACUCCGCAGCCAACUGGAGUGGAGUCUGUGGAAAGCAAACACUGAACAGCGGUAAUCCUCUUAACUCUCCCUCGUUCUCAGGUUGUGUUUGUGUUGACCGGAGACUGUGGGGACCGCUCUCAGCCCGGCUACAGGGCCUACGAAGAGAUCGCCGCCACUUCUUCAGGACAGAUCUUUCACCUGGACAAACAGCAGGUCAACGAGGUGAGAGCACGACAGAAAACACGCCGCUGCGAUGACUCCACAUCCUCAUAAAGACACAUGAAACCUGAAUUGAAAAAGUCAUUUGUGUGUAUUUUUGUGAGAAGGGUUACAUCACCCAAGAUCAGCGAACAGCAGAGAAACAAAAUGUGACCCCCUGGUGCAAUAAAAGUGGUUCAUUCAGAGUCAUCAAAGCUGAGAUUAAACUUCCUGGUCACCCGAUAGGGCCGAGCGACUCUUUUAUAUCGGAAGCAGCGUGUAACAGAAGCUGUGUUUGAGAGGCCAAAGACAGCAGGACUCACUUCCCAGGCAGACGUAAAAGAAGCCAGAGUUUCCUCUGGAGGAGACACUGGUAUCCUGCAUGUCAGCACAGGAGAUGGCCGGGCAGCGCUGAGCUCGCGCCAACAGCUCUGCACACCGGCGGCCCACUGAACCCCUGAACUUUAACGUGUUUGUGUGCGUGUGCGGGUCUGUUUUCUCUCAACUCCUGCUCGCAUGCAUGCGGCUAAACAUGCAAUGCCUGUGUGUGUGUGGCUGCAGGGUUCAUUAUCACUCCAUAACGCUGCCGGCUGUUUGAAUGUCAUUUUUGUGUUGCAGCAGAAUAAGAGAGUGAAAUGAUUCCAGCCCCCACACCUCCACCCUGGAUGGCCUCAGGAAUUCUGACAUGUUCCCAGUGUGCUGUUACACACAAACACGUACAUAAUGAAGAUAUUUCUCUUGGAUCCACUCUGAAUUACUGUACGCCGCUCGUUUUCAGACCUGUGCGAUUAUAGCUUCUGGGUGGCAUGCUUUCACUAAAUUAAUGCAAAUCCUUUAAUCCUUAAAAACCUCCAAAGUGCCACAAAUCGAAGCAAAAUAUUCCCUCUUAAUAGCAGUUUAAUAAUGUGCGGGUGAAUCAAAUAUACAAACUGGUGUUGUAUUGUGGUCUCUAAGGGCCGAGCAGAGUGAAAACAGACUGCUUAUUUUACUCUCUAAUCCCAGGAUAUGAUCUGUCAUGGCUUCUCUGCUUCCAACACAGCUGCCCAGUGGAGCCGGCUCCAAGCUCUCACACAACAGCUCAUUGUCAACUCGGCAUAUUGCACUCUUUACACUCUGCUUACAAUCAACAGGAGAAUCUGCUAACAAGAGCAUGAACAGCUAAUGUGCCGUCAAACUUGGACCAUGCUCUGUGCUCUUCGUGGUUUUUUUCUAUGCCACCCUUUGUCACUCGCAGCCUGAAGCAUCCGUCGAAAACGAGGGCCGUGAUGAUGUGUUUGCAUCCACAUAAAGCCCGCCGUGGUGUACGCUUUUAGACAGUAACGGCGUUUUAAAGCAGCAUAUCAUGAAGAGGCGGUUUUGCAGUUGUUAUGCGAGUCUUGUUUUUUUCUGCACAUACAGUAGGCUGAAUUCAAGCGCCUUGAAGAGUCAUUUGGAGCGUGGCCCCUCUGGUUUUCUCAUUACCCGGAUGCAGUAGUAAGUCAAGGGUAUUGUAAUGUUAUUCAGACAUGAAAUGACAACCAGGUAACAUUUAUCUUUGAGGGUUUGUUUCUACUCCAAACAUGAUUUUACCGUCUGUUUCAAAAAUAGGCCACCUGUGACAAGGCGAAGCCUGAACAGGUGUGUCGAAACUCCAACCGGGAAGGAGCAGGGAGUCCAUCUGGGACUGAUUUGCUCCAACAACCUUGAUUUGUAGCGGGACAUCUUCUUUCAAACAUUACCAGUUGUGUUGUUUAAACCUGGUUAAGGACUGAGCUGACCCCUGCCCACCGGGAGGUCUGGACUCAAGCUGUUGUUCUUAACCGAAGCUCGGCCACAUGUUUCAGUCGCAGGUAAUGUACCUGGAUGAGAAAAUGGGAUACGGCAUCCUCCCCGCCCGAGCUAGCCCUUCUUCUUUGGCUCAUCUGUCAUGCUUCCAUGAAUAGCAGAGGGGGGUCCUUCCUGUAACGGCCCUUUAAGCUCGCUCAUCUGAGACACGCAGGAUGAGGUUUCACAGGACUUAACAUCCUCUACAUUCCCAGUGGUUGAGACAGGGAGUGGCUGCAGGGCUCAGCACGCUCCUCCAGACCCUGGACAGCAAGAAGUCCCAUCUUCCUUUUAUCUGGGGUCUCAGGGCCGAAUCGUGCCCACUCCUUUCUGCUUUCUUGCAUAAGAAAAAGACACUAUCCUGGGGCAGAUGUAGGUCACCUCUUAGCAGUUUCCUGCCCUGCUGGUGAUGGCUGCACAUGUGGCAGACAUUACAGCUGUUUCCAGUUGUAAAACGGCAAGAGAAACCAGCUGCUGUCAGCACCCAGCGGACCUGAUAGACAAAAAAAGCAGAGGCCUGAUAAUUAAAUUAUCAAAGGUUCUUCUUGUUUUCAGUCCAUACUCGUUUUCUUUAAUGUUUUAAAAAUGUUGCCGUUGGCUUCGGCUCCAAAAACCCACAAAAAAAAACGACUGCAGUUUGUUCCAUUGCAGGCGCAGAUCGGCUUUAAUGCCUCUCCGUAUGAGGUCAAAACAAAUACUAGACAGCAGUUGCUUGUUAAGAUUUUGGAAGACAGAAGAAGUUCGGUCUUCUGUGGCCACUGAAAUAAGAGUGCAGAAAAAUCAAAGUGCUCUUCUGCUUCUGUUUUCAUUUAGGGAAACAAAAGAGAAACUGUCUUUUCCUUCAGUGCCCUGAUAAUGAUUAUAUCGAGGAGGUCAAACACCUGUCAAAACAGAAACCUUACACGGCCUGAUAUGUCUGCAGAAAGUAACAUGGGACAUUACAGGCUAAGUUGUGAUUGUCUUUGCCAUUAAAUAUAAUCAUACUGUCGAGCAUUAUGUCAGACUUUGGAUAAUCUUUACUCAGAGAGCUGAAGUGACUCAUUUAAGAAGUAAGCCGCCUGCAAUCCCAGUGUCUCACUGUCUGACCUCAUCUGGCUCCUUAAUUGUUACCUAUUCACCAGAAAAGUGUCUGACAGACUUUUCAGCGAAUUAGUCGAGCUGAUUUGGGUGAAAAUAUGGUUUAAGUAUUAUUUUAUAACAAAAGCUUCACUGCUUUCCCUUCAGAGGAACAAGCCGUAUGAUUCAGAGGAGCUGUGCUGCAGGGGGACUUCUGCCUGAGUGAGACACUCCCCUGAGACUACAUGCUUGAAAGUGCGGAAAACUGUAUGUUAUCAGUUUGACAGUCCGGCUGUUUCACUUUCCUUUUGUUUAGGCAAAAUCCCUCCAAGGAAUACUUUAGUGGUGAAAGAACAGUCUGCAGACAAAAAUGAAGAGCCGGCUCCUGGGGACUGGAGGGAGCUGGUGGGGUGUGCAGUAAAAAGCCUCCCUGUCCUCAUCCUGUCUUCCUUAAAGUCAAAAACGUCCUCCUGACCGCUUUUGUUUGAUAGAUCCCAGCCUCAGUUGUAGAUGACUGUGUCUCCUCAGGAUGUCACCCUGUAGCAGCUCUGUGAUUGCGUUUUUCAUCCCCCUGCCAGGUUCUAAAGUGGGUAGAAGAGACAGUCCAGGCCAUGAAGGUUCACCUGCUCUCCUCCAACCAUGACAGCGCCCAGGAACACAAGUGGGAAGUGCCCUUUGACCCCAGCCUUCGUGAGGUUACUGUGUCACUAAGUGGACCGGCACCACAAAUCGAGCUCAGCGAUCCCUUCGGUACGUAUCAGUUUGUCAUUGUAAAACUGCAGAUUAAUCCACUCAGAAGGAGGACCCUGAUUGUUGAAAUUACAAACCCACAGAAGAAAAGGUGGUUUAGCUCCGCUGGGGGAGCACAUGGCUUAUUUCUUAUUCUCCAGGAGACCCAUUUAGGCGGGGACGCUGCCUACUUUGGCCAAUCUAGUCCACUGAUUCCCCCGAUUCCCCUUACUCAGUCUCUUGGUCAUUAAACGUAAAAAGUUUGUCUUUUCUUCUCCAAAGGUCGUGUUGUUAGUGAAGAUCAGGGCCUUCAGGAGCUCUUGAACAUCCCCAACUCGGCUCGAGUUGUCAACCUGAAGUUUCCCAGACCCGGUGCUUGGAAACUGAAGGUACUUGUUUAAUGAAAAAUGCCUUACUAUAUUCCUGUGACUGCUUAAAGGCAUGUGGCCGACUGAAUACUGCUGCUUUCUCUCUAAAGGUGGGCUGCAGCGGGCGCCAUACCCUGAGGGUCACUGGAGUCAGCAAUCUGGACUUCCGGGCAGGCUUUUCCAGUGUACCUGUCACUGAGUUCAACCACACCAGAGAGCGGCCAAUAAAAGGUGCCAGACAUGUUCCUGUUAGCUACUUAAGUCUUUUAUGAUGGAGAACACAUGCAGAAGAUGACCUCAUGUGAUCCUCUUUGUCUCUCAGGACUUCCAACUCACGUUCUGCUGAAAUGUACAAACCUUAAACCCCCGGGUCAGCUGAGCCAUGUGGAGCUCAUAUCGGGCUCGGGACGCCCCUUACGCACCAUCCCCGUGCCUCUGCCCUCUGACCUCGGCCAGCAAGGCCUGUGGAGAGUCCCGGAGUUCCGCGCACCCUCCCAGAGCUUUUUCAUCAAGGUGACGGGAAAAGACGAAGAGGGCUACCGCUUCCAGAGGCUGUCCAGUGUCUCUUACACCAACAUCGUUCCAGGCAAGACAACCCCCUCCCAGCAAUCCCCUCUGCAGUGUCUCUCACACCUCAUCAAUCUCUUUGGUGGCCUUUAACCUUUGUUUCCUCCCAUGUGUAGAUCCCCCAGUUGUAAGUACGCCUGAUGUGGUGAAGGGCUACUACAUGCAGCCUGCUGUGAUUGGCUGCUCGGUGGAGAGUGACAUUCCCUACAGGCUUAGAUUCACCAGAAGUGGGAUUAUGCUGGGAGAGGAGAAGUUCUUUCAGUAAGUCUCCCCUCUAUUUGUUCAGCACUCUGUAACGUUUGGCUCGCCUUCCUUCAGAUGCUGCAGCUUCCUAACCCUAUUACCUGCUGAAAAAAACACUAAUUAGGUCACUCAGUACUCCGAAGCACGUCUGUGAAGCAUUAGCACUGCUUUACUUUUGGCUUUCAUUGCCUCAUCUUUCAGGAAACCAACAUACACAGUCCGUGUUGUGAGCGUUACAUAUUUGAUUGUGUCAAUAUGAGAGAUUAACAAAGCGCCCAUUCUUUCAUGACGCUCUGCUUUGAGUUACAUUCACGAGGUGAAGCUAAGUCGUAGUGAAAACUUCUCCACGUGUGUGGCGGAGAUGCUAAAUGAAUGUGACGUCUUAAAGGAUCUUGUUGUUGUCACACACAAGCCAACAAACCAAGCGUGUCUUUGCUUCAGGAACUCUGCCAUAGCAUCAUGGGAGAUUUCUCAUGUGUCAGCUGAGGAUGAAGGCCUGUACGAGUGUAUAGCCCAGAGCACCGCCGGACAGGGACGUGCCAUAACCCAGCUGACCGUUAGAGGUAUGAUCGGACCUUUAAAUUUUCGUCUGUUUUAUCAGACCAAGACUCAUUGUUUCGUGGAUAAUCUUUGAAACAGUACUAAGUCAUUCACUGGGUCUUAAAUGUUUCCUCUAAAACAGAGCCGCCUCCCGUCCUGAAGCCAGCGGUGAAUGUGACUUCCACCAUUGGAGGCGUGGCCGUGCUCUCCUGCCAAGUGGAAGGCUCCAUGCGCCACAACCUUACCUGGUACCGAGCAGGUCGUAUCAUCCGGGCCAGGGCGGGGAGAGUGAAGCUGCUUGCCGACUCGUCCCUGCAGAUCAGCCCGGUGAGGACUCAGGAUGCCGGGGAGUACCGCUGUGUGGCCACCAACGCCCACGGAGACAGCAAGAUCGCCGUGUGGCUUCUAGUCCCAGGUACAGCAGGACGGUAGUCUGCAGGUCAUCUGCUCAAACACUUAACACACCCGGGCCUCAUAGCUGCUCUUAGCCCCCCAUCAUCUGUUUUCCAUUAUUGGCUUAGUUCCCUCGCAGUCAGAUUGAGCCACUUUCAGUCAGAAAACGUUUCUCAUCAGCGAGAGUUGAUUCAUGUUGAAAAACCUGGUUUCUAUUACGAGAAUUCGCUCAGAUGUUUGUAAUGAAUUUCCAAACAGUCAAUAAAUAUAAAUCUUUUCAUCAGUGUGAAUCCUCAGUCAUGAUGUCAGACGAGCAGCGCUGGGUAAUAAAUUGUUUAUUGUUGUAUAACCAGUGGUAAGGUAGCUUAUAAAUGACUUCAUGCAGUGAUGACAAAGCCCUGAGUCAUCCCUGACUUUCUGCCUCUGUUUGACUCCAAUCCCAGAGGCUCCUUCUGUGGAAGUUCACCCCCAGAGUCGGGCUUUCUCCCGAGGGGACGAGAUCCGCCUCGUCUGCUCGGCGUCCGGCUCCCCCCCUCCCCAGCUCUUCUGGAGCCAUGGAAACAUGUUCCUCACUAAUCGGCCGAGGUAAGGGAGCCCUCAGCCCACUCAACACCUCUGGCACAGUGGACUCAGAGCGUCAUUACAAACCACUUUAACUACGCUUGCCUUUGCCAAAACUUGUUUGCACCGUAGAUUUACAUGUAAUGAUAUAAAAACUUUCCGAACCACAAAUUCUUUGUAAGUCUGUGUUAAACAGAUAUUCGAAGAAAAAUGUCGUACUGUACCCAAGAAUAGCAGACCUUCCGCAGAAGAAUUUCCGCUCUACAUCUGCGUUCAUCAUUUUACAUCUGUGCAUGCCAUCAGGAGAAGUUAACAAACAUGUUUUCGGUUGAUUACACGAUACAGGUUCAGACUGAGCCAGAAUGGGGUUCUGACUAUCAAAGGGGCCCUCCCAGAGGAUGCUGGGAACUACACGUGUUUAGCAACCAAUGAGGCCGGGACUGACUCGAAGUCUGUGUCACUUACCUUUGCAGGUGAGUUGAAAUCUUGUUUUAGUUAUACAUUUAAGGACAGUAGACUGAAUAGAUCAUUUUGCUGGGAUAAUCCUGUUAAACUCAAAGGCAUAAAUCACUGCCUUGGCGGCCAUCUUAUUGUGACGUCACGCUGAGGCGGGAGACUUACCUUAGGUGGUCCAGAUCGUAACUUACAGAAACCUCAAGAUGUUAUCUUUCUGUGGUCAUUUUUAGAGCUCCCUGAGUAAUAAGCAAUUAUACAGACAACAGACAAAGGUAAUCAGUGCGAUCGGGUUAUAUUUUAGGCUUUAAAAAAACGCAUCUGACAGCCUCUUAGCUAACAUCAGAACACAGCUUCGGUUAGCAUUCAGCCACUUUCUAUUCAACGUUAAUGUUCUAAAACGACAAAAAUAACACUCUCUAAACAAUCAUAUUAUAGAGGGCUCCUUUUUAAAGUGUUGAUUAUUAAGCUGGUCUCUAUUUUUACAUCAUGUUUGCCGUUUGCGAGCCAAAAACACAUGUUAAGAGGUACGAGCGGACAUUGAUGUUACGAUCGAUUAUGUUACCUUGUAAACCGGGGAUUUUCACUCUGUUACUAUGACAACCAGGUAAUCAUUCAGCUGAAAGUCGCUAGAGUAAAGGGUCACUGUUUAAAUUAUAACACCGGUGGCCUCACCCUUGUCUUUACAAGCCUCGAUCCUGAGAAAUCUGACCCGUGUACCAGGAAUUUCCUUAAAAUUAAUCAACUAAAGAUAAAUUAUGUUGAAAACAAUCAGAUAUAAGAAUUAAUUAGACUUUGGCUGGUAACCCCCAUGUUGCCGAGGUUAUCUAUUAAUAGAUAUCAACAUUAAGAUUAAUACUUUAAAAAUAUAUUCAUGAACAAAAAAAAAUAUUUUGUCUCUCCUCCUGAUGUUGAAGUGAUUUUUGCUGAAAUGGAGGUGUCAAAAUGCUAAUGUGAACUGUGCACAAUGUUAGCUAAUGGCUGUUGUGUGUGAUUUUUAAUUUAAAUAUCUCUCUGUGAUUAUUCAUGGAGAUGUGAAAUGUCCCCAGUUGGUCUUUAUAUUUAGGUUUAUUUGACUUACCACCUGGAAUCACAAUGUAUUGUAAUGAAACAUGAUAACAGUAUACCUGUUUCCCUCCCUGAGCGAGGUGUUAUGAUCUAUUAGCACUAACUUCAAACCCCAGGAUCACAGAUCAUAGUUUCUGUUUGUGUUGAGGUCUUUUCUCAGAGGUGUUGGGUUGUAAAACUGUCUGUGGGUGUAUCUCAUGUGAGUUUUGCUGCAGCUCUCGGUACAGCGGGGACCCGUGUUGUUGCAUGUUGUCUGUCUCUCUCAAUCGGAUAUCUUUCUCUUUGUUUUGUGAGUGCUGACAGUUUUAGAGAUGAAAUUUCAGUCAAAGCUUGUCGGGUAGUGGUUGAUAGAAACCUCAACAUUGAUGAGCUGUGGCAGCCUUUUCCUGGGGCGUGCUGCUAUAAAACUCUCUCUUUUUUUUCUAUGGCUGUCAUUUUUAACAACAUUGAUCUGUCAAGGCAGCAUGAACACUGUAAGGUAGAACAUGUCGGCUUCUCAGCUCUGCUUUCAGUCUGUUCUGUUCCUGAAGCGUCUAUGCUCCACUGCCAGCACUGACUGUGUGUCUAAAAAGUGAGCUUUUAUAUGUACCCCAGGUCUUUUCUGCAGACUGUACUGGCUUGAUUUUACACCGCUUUACUUUGAAAACUCAGUAAUGGUCCAUAAAGUACAAAUUCACCGCUGUCCUACCUCUUGAGAUUUCGUUUCUUCCCUCCAGAGGUGCCGAGAAUCACUGUGGAAAAGCAGGCCGUACUGGUAUCUGUUGGUGGUGAUGCCACUCUGGAGUGUAAGGCCACUGGUGUUCCCCCUCCUCUCGUUCACUGGUUCAAAGGUACCUUAAGGGCAAUAACAGAGUAAACAUUAGACUGUGCAAAUAGAAAAAUACCAAGUUUAAGACCAAUAAGUUUGUUUGAUAUGUUUCCAGGUGAGCUGGAGGUAGGCUCCGCUCCUUUCGUUGAGCAGGAUGUAAACAGAGGCACCCUGCGCAUCAGGGGGGUGCAGGAGGUCGACGCUGGUCAGUACAGCUGUGUGGCCAGCAGCCCUGCUGGAACCUCAGCUGGCACUGUUAGUCUGGAGGUUGGAGGUGAGUCUACGGUCUAUCAUCCACAGAAAGUUUAUUUUUCUCUCAAACUUUCUCUCAAAGGAAAAUCCUCUUUUCCCUCCACAGCGGGACCAUUGUUCUCUGAGGCACCGGUUGACGCCAUGGCUAGUGUAGGGGAGAAUAUCACCCUCCCCUGCACGGCCCGAGGUGUCCCGCCGCCAACAGUAACCUGGCGCAGACAAGAUGGCAAACAGAUUCUUGGAAAGACUGGCAGCCACAGUAGGACAACGCAGCUGGAGGACGGACAUCUUCUGAUCCAGAGUGAGUCAUGAAGAAAAAAACAACUCUCUGAUCUGCAGUGUGGACUCGAACAGAUUGAUACCCAAAUAGAGGCUUAAAACCCUUUAAAAAGUCCUUAAAAUUAAAUAAAUGAAUGUAUUUCCAUAUUAUUCAAACAAUUACUUUAUAAUAUUUCUAUUUCCUGGCUUCAAAGACAUAUUUAUCAAACCACAAGUUAAUCCAAAAUGAGCUCUUACAACAGAAACACUUUGAAAAACAGGAUUAGGAACCAAGUUAGUCACUCCAUCUGUGAACAAACAUCCUGACUUUCCAAAAAAUUAAAACAUUUAAAAGCUUAAUCAAACGAAAAAGCACAAACCAUCGACAAUGUGCCAACUCUGUCUGCUUCAGUCUUAUUUGAUAAACAAAUGCAUUUUAUCCCAUAUCUUAUUUUAAUCCCUUAAUAUUCCUUUUUUAGCGACUUGAUCGCACUUCAAGAGGACCUGAUUGUUGUCUCACUCUGAAUGGCAUGGCUUAUUAUAUAGAUGCAGCUUCUCAUACUCAAUAAAGCAGUCAUUCAAAGAUAUAUACAAAAAUUACGCAAUCGUAUACGGAUGUUGGGACAUGAAACUUGUACCUUAAAAGUCAGAAAUGGCCUCCAGGUUUCUGUCAUCUGUGGUGGACACCAUACCUGAAAGGGUUAAAGGUGAACAGGUGUCUUAGUUGAAGCUUAAAAGCUUAUUUUCAACUGUACGACUGUAAAUAAAGACAAACUUACUGCUCCACAUAAAAUCACAGAUGGACCUUUAAAUAUGAAGUAUUUCAGGCCCAGAGAAAAGAAGCUGCUCCUAUAUUUACUCUCCCGUCACUCUGAGGUUUUAUCCUAAUUGGCCAAAAGGGAAUUUACAUAUUGAACUAAUAAGGCAUGUCUGCUGGGUUCUGACUAAUCCUGGCCACUGAGGGGGAUCCUCGGUGUUCCUCUGGGAGUCUAAAUGUUUAUAGUGUUUGUACUAUUAUGAUGAAGAGGAACGGACAUAUCUGCAUCGGCUGCUCCUCUCACUGUUUCCAUUUGUGGCUGCAGUAAUGAGCUCAGUAUAAAGCAGAUGGCUUCACUUUCUACCUGCCAUUGUUUUAAAUAAUGUCUUCAUCUAUACUGUGUUAGGUAAUGACUGCUCCUGAUUUUAUUCUACUGUUUAACGAGUUAUCAUCACAUAUUUAAAAACAUGAGCUUUACUAUCACAUGUGGAUCUCCAGAGAGUGUAAAUGAGCGGGGCAGGAGUUUUCAGGGGCUGGCAGCUGAGCAUAACCCAUUAAUCCCAUUAUUUCUAUUUUUAACUCUCAAUUACAGCUCGGUUAAACCAGUAACAACACUUGUUUUGUGUAGAGAACUUAACUGUGAUUAGGACAGGCUCUUCUCUGGAUGAAUAGUUUUCUCUGCAGUUGUAGAUCUGCUCUUUGUUUAGAUAUGUAGUACAUCAUGUGCUCUGUAAUGACCUCUUUUACCGUGUGUUUGGCUGCAGGUGUUUGGCUGGACGAUGAGGGGCUUUACAUCUGCGAGGCCCACAAUCAGUUUGGAACCAUCAAGACUGAAGCCAGAGUUAGUGUCACUGGACUGGGUAGGAUUUAUGGACCUCUUUUAUCCCUCCAUUCAUUGUAAAGACAAAAGCUCAAACUGCAGAGCUGAGGGGGGCAUUGAAGCACUUCAGUUUGUCCUUCUGGUUUUAUUGUCCUGCAGCGUUUUGCUGUUUUAUCUCAACACUCUCGUUCUCUCAGAACCUCCCCUCUUGGCACACGGGGCCCCAAUCAUCACCACUGGUAUCGGCCAGUCCCUGAGUAUCCCUUGCAUGCUGCUGGAAGGAAUCCCUCUCCCUGAGAGACACUGGUCCCAUAAUGGAAAACCCGUAAGACUGACAGGUCAUGUAAUUUGAGGAUCGUGUAAAUUCAAAUUGCUUAACCUGCUUUGACAGCAAACGUUUCUUUUCCGCUCAGGUCCAGUUGAAUAGGAGGAUGUUCAUGAGGAGUGAUGGUAGUUUAUACAUUGAGAAAGCCAGCCCAGAGGACGCUGGUGCAUAUGUCUGCACUGCUAUGAAUGUAGCAGGCACCAUGAACAUCACAGUCAGCCUGGAGGUCCAAGGUAAGAGCGCAAAGUCAGAUUGAGAGAGAUAUGAGAGACACAAUCUCAAGUCCGCAGAGGGUCGGGUAAACAAAACAAACAGCUUUUCAGCCUGAACUCACCAAUAGUUCCUCACCCCCCCAUGACACCUCAAGUCUUAGGCUUUACAUUCAAAGUCAGCUUGUGGAGGAUUUUGCUGAUGCCUAAUAGAUGUCAGUGAGGUGAGACAGGUUGGCAGGUGAGUUGGCAGAGAGGGGGCAAGAUCGUUGAAAGAUGGAAGUCAAGAAUUUAUAGAUGUACUUCUUCACUCUGACACAGGAUUGUUUUUCAAAACUUGCUGCCAGAGCUGUCAUGAAAUAAGAUCACAGGAAGAGGAUAUCAAAAUAAUGACAUUUUAAACAGCCAAUAAAAUGAUUUUUUUUAUUGCAAUUAAGGAAAAUGAAAUGUAGGAUCGAAAUAAGUGGAUUUAAAACACAGUGAACAAGCCUAAUGAGUGGAAAUAAACCUUUUUAAUAUUAUAAACAAAUAUAUUAAAUCCAACAAAACAAAUCCGCCAAAGUGGGAGUAACACUUUCAUCCCUCUGUUCGGUUUCCCACUCUCAGUUUUGGGCGGUCAGGUCACUAAUUUGCUGACUCAGCUUGGAAAAGAACAAUCCGUCAAUGAGCUGACCACCUGCUGUCAUCGUAGUGAGAGGGUCCAUUUACCGCCGUCUCAGAUGAAAGGGCGGUUUUGUUCAUAGGCGUGUAAUGACAGACGGGACAGAUUAGGGCUCAUCAUCGGUUAGUAAUGAAGAAAUGCCUCCAGCGCUGAUACCGCCGCCUGACUUAGUCCUGUGAUAAUACUGCCUCUUCACGGUCAGUCAGACAGCUGUGUUUUGUGACCUACUUCUUCUUCUUCUUCCACAGUGCCCCCUGAGAUCAUCGCCGGCCCGUACCACUACAUAGCCAACGAAGGUGUGGCCGUCACGCUGUCAUGCGAGGCCAGCGGCGUUCCCAAGCCAAAAGUAGUCUGGUCCAAGGUAGGAAGUCACACUCCGUCAAAAGCUACUUUUCUUAAUGAAUCCUUUGGCCACGUCCCAUACAGUGAUGCAUGACGAGUUGGCAGGCUCUUACUCCCAUGACAUUAGGGAGAGAGGAUCACACUUGGCCUUCAGUCGUCUGGGAACUAAUCAUCAUUAAGAGUUUGUAAAUAAUAGCCUGACUGAGCGGAGAAGAUCCAUGUCCGUCCUGUUCUGGAGGAGCGAGUGGAUUUUUGGGUUAAAAACGGCGUUUUUAGCGGGCCAAAAUAUGAUCGAAUUUUGUGCAAAAUCAACUAAUUGUUCAUUUAUUUAUCCAUUUUGGCUCAUGAUGAGGUUUUCGUUUAUUUUUUAACGGUUAUUAUUUGUGCAGAAACCUAACCAACACUUAACCUCGACCCCGAGUUUUUCCCUUUUAGAAGAAUUAAUUGUUUUCAUAAUUUUUUUUCCACUGCCGCUGUAGAGCAACAAUAGCCGCCGCCCUCCUCCUCCUCCUGCUAUUUUUAUGGUCUGCGUUCUUCGCCUUGAAAAAGAGCCACGACAACAGUGACAGUUAGCGCUGCAAUCAUAUUUGAUUAACCCGGUGAGGAGGGAUGUUACCAUGGCAACCCACAAUAGCUCCACUCGUUGAUGAUGAAUUACUCAGGAGUUUGUUCUUCAUAGGAAUCAAUUUAAAAGGCUUUCUUGCAGCACAGAGAGCGGAUGAAGAAGACAGAGUCCGAUCAAACCGGAGAAGUGCAAAAAAGAACAAAUAAAGAUGUUCGUAUAUUAUAGCAAAUAUACAAAUUUAUAAGUCAAUUAGUAAUCAGCUGUAUCCAGUAUACUGUAUAGAUUUCCUUAUUGGAAAUGUCUAAGUUAAAAUAAUGUUAAAUUAUGAGAUAAAGUUCUUAAAUGGUUCUUAAAAUGAGCAAAAACUGAUGAAACUCAGAAAUUAGAGCGAUAUAUUGGAUAAGUUUAUGCAACUCUAAGAAGCUUUAUAAUUAAAUAAAAUUGUGGUAGUUACAAUUUAUAAUGAAACCCAGAAUUUCAAACACACUGUUAUAAAUCUUGAGCAGCGAGUUCAUGUGAAGUGUCGCCCUCAUUUCUGUGAUAAAAUCAGAUUAACAGUGAUCGACUUUUCCAAGAACAGAGAAGAUGAAAACGAUGAGAGUAAACGCCAACAUCAUUACACCAUUAUACAAUCAGCGCGGUGAACCUACUGUCACUUUUCUCACAGACGGAUUUUUCCUACUAAAAAAGUGCUCUGGAGUUUAAUACAUUUAUUUUCUAGUCAGAUAAAAGUGAUUCUGUAAAAAGAGUUUUUUAUAUUUAAAGCUGCUGCAUUCUUCUGAGUGUGAGUGUCUGUAGUUUCUCUGCGGGUCAUAAACUUUAAACUAAACUGAGUGUCUCUGCUCCUCCGUUACGAAGACAGCUCACAUUAACUCCAUAUUCUCUUUGGUCUUCUGCCUGCAGGGGAGGCAGCCUCUGCCCAGAGACCGCUCCUCUCUGCAGUCUGACUCAGACGGAUACCUCCACAUCCCCCACCCCACCACUGAGGAUGCAGGGAUCUACAUCUGCACAGCAACCAGUCCUGUGGGCUACGCCAGCCGAGAGAUCCAGCUCAGUGUCAACAGUAAGGAAGCAGACCGCAGUCACAUAAACAUGGAGGUGUUUGAUUUUACCGAGCCUAACCUGUCUGCGUCCUACAAGACGGUUUGACGGAGUACGGGCGCCGUUCAGGAAAUCAGAAUGCGCCAGAAAAGUUCAUUUUUAGUUUUCAUGAAAAUCACCUGCAGAGUCUGCAUGUUGUUCUUCUCUCUCUCCCGUCUCCUCCAGCCAUGCCAAAGAUAGUGGGAGUGAGCGGCCACGACAACACGGUGAAGAUGGCUGCAGAGGUGGGCACAGAGGUCGUUCUCCCGUGUGACGCCCAGGGAAGUCCUUCUCCACUUGUUACGUGGAGCCGGAACGGGCACCCCAUCCCCCCUGUCACAGCUGGGUAAGCGGAAGAAUGACCUCACCCCCGACAAUGAACGAAGCCGUAAAAAUAAGUGAAACAAUACGCCACAAAACUUUAACACCAUACCUCACCUCCACCUCAACAUCUGACUCAGCUUUUACAAGGAACUGAAGCUGGCUGCCAUUCAAAGCUGCUGCAGUGACGCCGUUUGAAGGGCGGUUAGGCAAAGAUGGCAACAGGCUGCCAGAGAGCGGUGUGGGGGCUUCACUUGACUGGCUGAACUGAAGAAGAACAUCUGGUCCUGAAUGGUUGGCUGAUCCCUGACUCUCAUGUGUGGUCACUCUGGGUGCAGACAGGACACAGACUGGUUAUACGACCGACAGCCUGAAUGGUUCCGGGUAGAUAGAAGAAUGACGGAGUGGGUUGAAAGCUGCGGUGACUCAGAUAUAGCAUGACUUGUGUGGGGCCAGGAAGAAGGAAGAGACGGGGGUGGAGUGGGGGGUGCCAGGAAGAGGGGAGGAAAACGAACUGACAGAGGAAGAGAUACAAGCGCCGUCUGCCUGAUGUCGGGAUUCCCCGGGGAGCUUUCGCAGUAAAACAACAUGCUGACUCUUUACUAGUCCUGUCUGAUGAGAAUAACACAUCUCUGCGAGCAGCCCCCACACCCCGACCCCUGCUUUGCAUAUUCAGGACGGUCAGAGAAAGAGGGAGAGCUCCACUCUGUGGGUCAGAGGAAAUGACAAGGGGCCGCUGCUGAAGGUUGAAAUAACUGAAAUCAGUGAGCGGUAAAAGGGUAGAGGGAUGGAGAGCUGCUGAGGACUGAGUCAGGGGUUCACUCUAGACUUAAUCCUGACGAGGUCAAUCCGUCCUGGUUGGUCUUCACGUCAGGCUGUAUGCACAGAUGAUGGGAUGGAGGUGCUUCCUCUCCUCUUCGUCUUGCGUCCUGCAGCUCGUGUCAGUCUUUCUCGUGGCGUCGCCGCAGUCCUCUGCAGAGGCAGCGGUUCGGUUCCAUCGGGAGACGCUGCUCCUCCUGCUGCCUCUCCUCAGGCUGUUCGAGGAGGUGGGGGAGCCACAUUACACCACAUGUGCAGCUGAAAUAAAGAGCUCUUUGUGCGCCCAGCUUUCAUGAACGUGUUAUUGUUAUAUUUCAGUUGCUUAGCAGACGCACUUAUCUAAGAUAAAUCAAAGAGGUAUGUUUACAUUCCCUCAUAUUAUGCAUUUAUACAGCUGGGUAGCUUCUGCUGCGUUACAGGGUGCCAUACACCCUUGAAGCUGAUGGCCGACAUUAAAGUGUAUGUAAUUUACAUUUAAGUGUGGCGUUUAUGACAGAGUAUGUUUUGGGAGCGGCGGGUUAGUGUAAGUGACGGCCAACAUCUGCCUGAGAACGAACGACUGAAAUAAAUCCUCAAACCUUUGCGAGCUUCCAUCCAACCCAACUUCUGCCGCUGAUAAAUGCUUAAUUGUUUUUCCCUGAACCAAUAAGAAGAAAAUGUGUAAUUAUUCGAGCCGACGACCUUUAGCGCGGUUACAUCAUCGGGUCAAACUCUGGCUAACCUUUCGCUCUGUAAAUAUCCCGCACAAUGGUUAUUGUGAGCGUAACUUCUCUCUCUGGGGGGAUGACUAAGCCCUGGCUCAGGUCCAGACUCCACUUAGUGCUUUCUCGCUCAUAAUUUUCAUCCCCAGCACCGCAGAUCCAUUUUUCUUGAUUGCAGCCAAACAACACAACUGCAGAGAAGCCAUCAGCAGCAGCGUCGUGAUUUAUCCCGGCUCUGUAGAACCGUCACCGCGCUCACGCUUUGUUUCGUGCGCCGAGCUCUUAAAACGGAGAAACUACAGCACAAUAGGGCGAUAUAGCAGCAUGUUCCAUUUUUCCACUAAUUGCUCCAAUUGUCCGUAUUAUCUAAUUAUUUUGCUCUCUAAUGAAGCACUUCAUCAGAAGGCCUUGGGCAGGAGCCGUUCUGGGAAUUCUCUGAAUCUGUUUACAGGAACCGUUUCCAUCAUCGACUAAAAAUAGAAACAGGGGAAAAACGACAUCUUCAAUUUAAAUCCGAUAUCAGCAUUUCAAGAGACAUCAAAUCUGUCAAACUAUGUCUAAACAGGAACACCUCAUUUCAAUCUGCAUUAACCUCAAACAUGUUGUUUUCUCUGUCUCUCUACCCUUGACCUCUAACCACUCCCCAGGUUCACGGUUCUGCCCUCAGGCUCUCUGAGGAUCACUGAUGUGCGCCUGAUUGAUAGUAAACUGUACACCUGUACCGCCGAGAACCCAGCAGGCAACGUGUCCCUAAGCUACAAUUUACACAUUCAAGGUAACUCCGCAGGGUCUCAUUAGGAAGCUGAACUCCCGAAAACCCUAAAAAUGGCAUUUCCAGAAUGUUGUGAGGUUGAUUGAUCCCAUCUGAAUACAUCAGCGCUGAAGUAUGUCAGACAUGUCGAGGAUGUAAAUAAACGUGGGUGAUAAAGGUCGGUAAUCUCUUUGUUUCCGUCCUCAGCCAAACCCAGGAUUCAGCCCGCACCGCCCCUCCUCAAAGCUCUGAUCGGACAAACUGUGACUCUGCCGUGUGUGGUCCAGGGAGAGCCGAGUCCCGAGAUCAGCUGGUUCCACGAUGGACUUCCUGUCGGGGUCAAAAAUACUACACCCCUCAGGAUCCAGAAGGUCAGCCUCGCCAACCAGGGUGUUUACCGCUGUGUGGCCGAGAACAACGCUGGGGAGGAGACCCAGGAGAUCAAGCUGGAGAUCCUCGGUGAAUACCUUCAUAUGUUAUUAAACAGAAACAAACAGGAUGAUUUAUGAGUGUAUGUUAAAAAUCUGGUCUGCAUUGAUCUAAAUAACAGUUUCAAAGCACCCGGGACACCCAAGCUGACGGUGUCCCAGUUUUAGGUCCUUCCAGGUUUUAAAGCGCUUUCUCUGGAGGUACAGUAAGAGUGAAAACGGCCUCAUCUGCUCGGUUUAGUACUUUACCUGAUGCAGACAUGAUAUUAUUCUGAGCAUGAAUGAAGGCUGCAAGAACGUGAAAAACUCAAAACACAAAAUCAGUCAAAGAGGAUCGUAAGGAAGAAAUAAAAAUAUGAAGAAAUAAAGAAAAUAAGAGGUUAAAAAAAGAGUUUUAGUGUUUAGAUCUAAAUGAGCUUUAAAAGGGAUCGGCAGAAUCUGAAACUGUUAGAAAGCCGGAGAUGGGGGGGUCAAAACUGUCAGAGGUGUGGGAGUGUGAGAGCAGAGAUUUAGCCUUGAGAGGAAUGACUGCUUUAACAUCUGAUUGGCUAUAAACUGGUUUUGUCUGAACGGUAGUGAACUUCGUGUUUGUACCAUCUUAGUGUAACUGGACUGGUUGUUUUUCAUCCUCUUUAUUAUCAAGAUUUUUAAGAGUAUCUUUGAGGUGAUUGCUGGUUAUUUCGAAGUGUUUCUUCCUCAGCAAUCGCACAAAAAGUCCUCUUAGUUUCAUAAAGAAAUCCUGGUCUUACUGAAACCACCUGGUCAAUCUUCUUGGUGAUAAGAGGAGAUCAUACUCUCAGAUCAGUUACCUGCAAAACCUCACUUCAAAUCUUACACCUACAGCAGUCGAUCUCUCGUCUCACUGACUCUCUUCUACCUGAGCUGAGACGUCUAUAAUUAACUCUGAUCACACUCUGAAUUUAAUGUUCUCUGUAUCAGCGUACUCGCACAGACAGAACCUGACAUGUUUUCCUUUCGUCACAGAGGCCCCAUCCUUCGCAGAACCCGGAGACGCGAUCAUGGAAAAAGUAUCGAACAGCAAGGUCAUCAUCCCCUGCCCCGCCGAAGGUACGAAAUGAUUCACAGACGAGUCAGUCUGGAAGGAAAAAUGCAAUCAAAGUCCUGGUAUUUAUAAAAGAAACAAUUUACAAGGUGUGACUCAAGCUGUUAGAGCUUAAAAUGGAUGUUUAUUUUUAUGGAAAAUCUGUCUUUAAAUGUAGGACAGGUAUGUAUCAAAGGACUUUCUCUUAUUUCUCAGAUACGAAGCUCGCUGCUCUCUCUGUAGUUUAAUGUCACUGUGAGCACGGUGGCAUCGUGGAUGGAUGUGGAGAGCCUGCGAUUAUUACCAAAACACUGAGAGUGUCUGUUUAUAUCCAGCCGAUUCACAGAUAGACACCCCUGACAGGACGUGCAAACAGGUAUUGUUUGUAUCUUGUGUGCCAUGGUAACCAGCUCCGACUGAGGGAAGGUGAGGACUGUGUCCUAUCUAUGUAGAGCAACAGCUGGAACAUCAGUCCGCCUGCUGCCUCCGUGAGCCACAUCUGCUUUCCUCUGCGUCCGGGCCUGCUGGGAGAGGAAUCCUAAUUACAGGCUGCUGCUGGCAGACGAAGGACCGAGAUGUCUGAGGUGCUCUGAAAAGUACAGGAAGAGGAAGAUAAAGCCAAAGUAGCCCUCUUUCCAUCCAUGUCGUACCAGCGGGCAGAAGUACAGGCGGAUCCAGGCCUCAGAGGGUGAACACAGACAUGCUUGAUGCUCUUGACACCCAAGAGAGGCAGCCGGCGGCGAAAAAGGAAGGAUCUUGUCAUUGCGCUCUUGAGAUUUGUCUGUAUUAGGAGGAUAAAGUGGAGUGUCUGCCAGAAGGAGACCAUUAAUUCACCAACAAACACACAUUUGAUCAGGGUAAUUAUUGGAGAAACACAUGGAAGAGAUAAUCCCCGACUUCAUCACCCCGCUAAUACAUCCAAAGUCUGCUAAUGAGAUCUGUAACAUCUAAAAAAAGGACAUCUGUAUGUGUUUCCCCCCCAGCAAAGAGAUGAUGAAUUCUGCUUUGAGCUCCCUAAAUGUAAACACAUGUACAGAGGAAAGAAGAUAACAUCACCUUAGUUUGAGCUGCGUCUCAUGUGGUCGGGACUUUUCUGAUCUGUGAAGGAGCUGUGUUUGAUUUCCCCUCUCCUCGUCUGAGGUGUUUGUAUAUGUAACACCUCUGUAAAUAGACAGAGCUGUGCCGCUUGGAUUGCUCCACUGCUCUGCUUCUUUCAUUGCUUCACUCAGGCUCUUCCUCUUCCUGGGAGUCUGUUAUCUUUUAUACUAAAUCCUCCACCUUUACCCUCCAUUCCUCCUUCCUCCUCUUGACCGUUUCCAGCUCCUCUGAGGACAUCUGUUUUGGGCUCCCCAGUGAACACACCAGAGUCUUUGAACUGCUUGUUCAACCACUCCUAGUCUUACUGCGUUUGGUAAUAAAUCUUGAUCGUAUAUCUCGCAUCUCUCCAGAAUUCCGUGUCUUACUUUUUAUGUGACUCUGACCUUGAAAUCUUGAAGCUCGCCGGCUACAAGGACUCGAACCAUUUUGGCAUCGGCUUCCCCCGCUGUCCGACAGAUAAAUGUAGAGCCUGCUUUUUCUCGUCUGGGCCGGGUGCCCGUUAGGUUCUCCCGUUGAGAGGCAGAAAUAUGGAAGUAACUUUUCUUUUUUGUCAGACGUGAUCAAUAAAUCUCACUUUUUACUUCUUUUCUUCGCUGUGCACCUGCAGGGUCACCUCCUCCUAAGAUACGCUGGUUUAAGAACGGCCUGGAGAUAGACCCUCUACAAUCAGGGUUCUCUGUGGCGAGGGAUGGCGCGCUCGUAAUUAGCACAGCAUCUGCCAGCCACAGCGGGGACUUCAAGUGCGUCGCCACCAAUCAUGCAGGCUCUGUGGAGAGAAAGACGAGGCUCAAAGUUAACGGUGAAAAAUCAGUCCUACCUUACAAAUGUAAGCUUAUAUAUAACAGUCAUUCUGUAUAUGAAUUCCCUUUAUUCUGCUUUUCUUCAGUCCCCCCUGAGAUCCAGGAUGACGGCCAGCCCCUAAACCUCACUGUCACCUUGAAGCAGCCUCUUACUCUGGGCUGCGAUGCCUUUGGGAUCCCCUCUCCAACAAUAACUUGGACUAAAGACGAUCGCCCUGUGAGUUUUUUACCUUCACAGUAAAUGUAAACCUUGUCAGUACACAGCAGCUAUUUGAUACCUAGAUGUGCAAUGCCACCAUGUGGCCGUUCCUCUCAUUACAAUAACACCUUGAGGAUGCGCUCAACUUUCAUCUGUGUGUUCAGGUGGACAGUCCAGGGGUCUACCUGCAGAACGGGAACAGGAUGCUGAGAAUAUACCGAGUUCAGCCGGAGCAUGCAGGAAGGUUUGUCUGCACCGCUCACAACUCAGCUGGAGAGGCUCGGAGGAAAUACGACAUCGUGGUUCAAGGUGAGCUGUUGUCAGAUUUCAAAGUAUGAAAAUAUACAGAAUAAAGGACUGAUUCUUUUUCCAACAUCUGACUUUAAAUUUUGGUCACACUUUAAAUAAAUUCACCUCUUAGAAAGCAUCAUUUAUAAAUCCUGACAAAUGCAUCUACAAAGUUUCAUAACAAUUCUUUUAAGGGUUGUUAUGAAGCCUCAUAGGUGCCUUUUAGGAGGAGAGUUAGUAUAAAUUCACCAAAAACUCAAUCUAAGAACUGUAGCUGAUCAAUUAAAUCUCAACUCUCCAUAUUUUAGCUGAUCCCAAAAGUUUAAAUUUUAUAUUAAAUUCCUCACUAAUUACUCAAACAAGUUAAAAUGUGAUCAGUUUGUAUUUCCUCAUCACAGGGACUUUUAAAUCUCCCUAAAUUCAUGCAUCUGGUGUUUGUGUUCACUGUUUCAGCUCCACCGGUGAUCUCAGGAACGUCCCGUCUGCAGGACAUGAAUGUGAUUCUGGGCCAGGAGGUGGAGUUUCAGUGCAGGGUGAGCGGACGACCAGCACCCAAAGUGGAGUGGAGCCGGGAUGGAGAGUAUGUAUCUUUAACUGAGGUGAUGUUUAGCAGGAUGAAGCCCCCGCUGUAAUGAUCUGUUGUUUCUUCUCGUCAGGGUUCUGUCCCCUAAUGGAGACCCUCAUGUGGAGUUUCUGGAGGACGGUCAGGUGCUGAAGGUGAAGUCUGUGAGACUGAGGGACCAGGGGCUGUACCAGUGUUUGGCCAGUAACAACGCAGGGACUCAGAUGCGCCAGUUCAGACUCACAGUGCAAGGUCCUUACUUUAUAAAUAACAGAGAAAUGUAAAAUUAAACAGGUCGGUUCAUAAAACGAACACAAGGGUGUAAUCUGUGUCUCUGCAGCGCCCCCCGUCAUUAAGGGCCCCAGUGAGACCUCAGAGGUGUCCGUGGUUCUGGGCUUCCCUACAGUCCUCCCCUGCGAUGUUGAGGGCUCUCCCACACCGAGCAUCACCUGGUUGAAGGACAACCAGCCCAUUGUGUCCAGUCCCCAGCUCACGUACACCCGGGGCGGACAGGCACUGAGACUGGGCUCAGCACAGGGGGACAGCACAGGCCUCUACACCUGCAGGGCCACCAAUCCUGCCGGCACGGCGAUCAAACAGUAUUCUCUGAGUGUUUUAGGUAAGUCCUCCAUAUCACUGACUGAUCUACGUCGCUUAGAUAGAACUUUUGGUGACGGUGUCCUGUCCCAUCAGUCCCCCCACAGAUAGAGGGAGAGUCCUCGACGUUUGGUGGUCAUGAGAGGAAAGUGCGGAUCAACGGGAGUCUGACUCUCUCCUGCCUGACCAAAGGUUUCCCUGAGCCCAAAGUUCAGUGGUUCAAAGAUGGACAGGUUGGUGUGUCAUCCAAUCAAACUCUGCUUUUUAAAGAUAAAACAGACUAAACAGGUUAUUUUUGUUACAGAACGAGGCCUCAAAUAAAAGAGUAAAAACACUGACUGAAAUCCAAACUAAAUAGACGAGUUUCACAUCAGGGCUGUUCCUAAAGUUUAUCCCUUUCACAGACAGUUCAGCUUUUUAUUUAGUACUUGUUUCUCCUAAUUUUGUUAUAUGAUUAUUUUCUGGGUCUUAUACAUCUCUUCCAUAUCUGACAAAUAGGAAAUGAAUUAGUUGUCAUUCCUUCACUCGCAGCCUCAUACAUAGUUUUAUCUGAUGAGUUUUCCUUGUCUUCAGCUGCUCAGUGGAAACAUUCAUGCCGGCCUUCGGGAGAGCGGCCAACUCCUCGAGAUCGAGGGCGCCAUGAUGUCUCAUGAAGGACAGUACACCUGCGUGGUCACCAACUCUGCAGGAGAGGACAAGAGAGACUUUCAGGUCACCAUCCAGGGUGUGUUUCAGGAAUCAUAGAAAUAGAAAACUAGUUUCUUCUUCAGCUGAUAAAAAGUGAGUCCUGCUGACCCAAAUGUGUUCUGGUCUCGGUAGUUCCCCCCGUAUUCCACCGGGUGACUAACAGAGAAGCAGCCUGGGGGCUCGGACAUGAGGAUGAUGAAAAAGAGGACAUGGUGAACAAGCGGGAGGUGGUCCUGGGCCAUCCAAUCAGCCUGUCAUGUGAGAGUAAUGCAAUCCCACCACCCAAGCUCAGCUGGUACAAGGACGGACGAAAACUCACCUCUGCUGAUGGAGUGGUGCUACAUCCAGGUCGGUGUAAAUCUGCACUGUUUAUCCCAAUUAAACCAGUAAUUAGUAAAAAUGUUUGAAUGAAGCUUCAAUUAAGAGGAAGACUUGGUUUUAUAAGGUGGACAAGUCCUACAAAUCACCCGAGUGCAAAGGGAGGAUGCUGGGAGGUACACGUGUCAGGCUGUUAAUGAGGCUGGAGAGGACCGCAUGCACUUUGAGAUGGAGAUCCUGGGUAAGCAGAAUCAAGCAUAAGCGUGUUUUAGCUGUAAUUAGACCGAAUUGUGUUUUUUUUAUACGGAUGUCUGAUGUUUUCCUCCUCAGUCCCUCCUGUCAUCACUGGAGCGUCAGAGGAGUUCAUGGAGGAGAUGGGAGCGGUGGUGAACAGCACCGUCGUCCUCCACUGCGAUGCUACCGGACACCCAGCUCCAGCCAUUACCUGGAUGAGAGACGGGCAGCCUGUGCACUCUGACUCACAGCACCACAUCAGCCAGGACGGGACCCAACUGCAGGUAGGACUCCGAAGACAAACACCGGACUCUGAACGGAUCCAGCUCUGAUGUUUUUAAACUUAACUAUGUUCUGAAAACUCCAUCCUGCAGCUCCUCAGCGUCCAGGUUUCAGACAUGGCCGGGUAUCUGUGCGUCGCUGAGAACAAAGUCGGAACAGUUGAGAAACAUUUCAGUCUGACAGUUCAAGGUGAGAGAAGUGCAUGAGCGUAACUCACGGGGCUUUACCGCCUCCUAACAUCCGAUUCCAGUGUGCUGAGAAGGCCUCAUAAAUGUCGUUUCCAGUGGAUUUUACGACACUCGGCUGUUGUUUUCCAUUUCAGUUCCCCCCAGAGUGAUUGGCCGUAAAGAAGAGGAGGUCAGCGUGGUCGAGGGACACAUGGUGUCAUUGCUGUGCGACGUCCAAGCGUAUCCGCCCCCUGAGAUCACCUGGACUAAAGACGGGCAGGUUCUCCGCUUUAGCAGCGGGAUUCACAUUCUGCCAGGUCAGACAUCGGUCAGCCGUGAUGUGAAAUUAAUUUUACAGUCAGGAGCAUUUCCUUUUUUUUUUUCUUUUUUAUUCAAUAACAGCUCAGAUAUCACAUUUUCUAUCUUAUUAAAGGGGGACAGAUGCUUCAGCUGCCCCGGGCCAGACUCGAAGAUGCGGGGCAAUAUGUGUGCACGGCCACCAACCCCGCCGGCCAGGACCAGAAGAGCAUCGUUCUCAGUGUUUAUGGUGAGCGAACACACGGUAACACAUCUUCACAGUUCAACUACAUAUACAGAUGAUCAAAUCUUAAAACACUGCCCGAGCAGAAAUAAUAAAAAAUCUUGUUUAUUGUACGCCAGCUGUGAGUGAGGAGAGCUGUGGAGUGAAUCAUAUCAUGUCUGAGUGAGAUCAUGCUCUCUCCUGCAGUCCCUCCCACCCUGAAGACCCGUCCAAGUGCUGAGUCAGAUUCGGUCACCCCACAAGUCGGCUCCUCGGUGACACUGAGAUGCGAAGCCAAUGGUGUUCCACAGCCUGAGGUCACAUGGUACAAGAACGGGCUGCAACUGGCUGCAGGGAACGGCCUGAAGAUGGACCGUCACCACCUGGAGAUAGUCGGAGUUCAGGUUGGAAAAAUUCGUUUUUUUAUCUCAUGACUUCAAAGCAGCAAAUGACAUUUUUUCAGGACUAAAAGGGGCCUUAAUAAGGGAUUUAAAAAUGACCCCCAUACCACCUCUACCACCUAAUUACAUUCAGUUAACUUCAACGCCAUUAACUCGAGACGGGGCGGACGGGAGAUGAAACGCUCGCCCUGUCUUUGACCUUACUGUGAAUAAACGAAGUCAGUUCAUCAGAUUAAGAGCACACGCAACAACAAGAACACAGCGAGAAACCCUCUUUCCCUCCACCUGAGACGCAGCCUCACUCACCACAGUCAACCUCUGUUUGUUUCCUAGUUGGCAGAUGGCGGCACUUACACCUGUAAAGUCUCCAAUGUGGCCGGGCAGGUGGACAGGACAUUCAGACUGACGGUUCACGGUGAGAACAUGUCUGAUUUUGAGCCUGUUUGAAGGUUGAAGAGGUAGAGUUGGUCAUGUGAUCACUGUAAAUUCCCACAGUCCCCCCUGUCCUGGACGGGCCUCUGCGGGAGUCCCUGAACUACACCCUUGGCUCCCACGUCGCUCUGCUGUGUGAGGCCUCAGGUGUCCCUGUUCCAAGCAUCACCUGGCUCAAAGACGGGACUCCUAUCGGUAAGAUAGACGCAGUGAUGGAUGAACUAUAUAUAUGUGCAUUUAGCUUGUGUUAACGACUGCGUGUGCUGUUCAGAGAGCAGUCUGCAGUGGCAGUGGUCGGUUCGAGGGAACAGGCUGGAGCUGGGGCCUCUCACUCUGUCUCACGCUGGGAUUUACACCUGUGUGGCCAAAAACAGCGAGGGACAAACCCAGAGAGACUACUCGCUCACCGUGCAGGGUGAAGACAGACGACAAAUCUCUGCAAAAUGAUACUCAGCUGAGGAAAUUAUAGGAAUCACACAUAAAAGUCAUGAUUUUCUUUGUCCGGCUCAGUGUCACCGACCAUCCUGAACUCUGAACUGCCAACCGAAGUGAGCGCGCCUGUCGGAGAGGAGCUGACCCUGGAGUGCAGAGCAACAGGAAUCCCAACGCCACGCCUCAGCUGGCUGAAGGACGGAGUGACUUUAGGGGGAUCAGACAACCAACACAUCGGGUAAGUCAUCAUCAUUCCUAAUUUCGUUUGGCUUUUAAAAACAUGAUCCAACUCUGUAAUGAUGCAUCUGAAGCAUGGUUUAUUAAAAUGACGAGUUACAGAGCAGGACAGACACGGUUUAUAGACAGAGAAAUGAAGAAGACAAAGUCCCUUGCCUAAUCUCAUCAUUGAAGAGUGAAAGCAGCUGUUUCACAGCUGUUCAGCAGCUUAUGUGGUCAGUGCGACUGCAUCCACCACAGAAAGCAGAGAAAGUGUGUGAGUGUGUGUGUGUGUGUGUGUGUGUGUGUGUGGGUCUGCACUGUGAGAAAAUGGUGGGUGAUGAUUAUAACGAUGCUGAUGAUGGGAAAGCGGAGCUGAGGUUCAGAGGUGGGAUGAACAAAUUAUAGAUGCUGCUUAUACUGACAGUGUAAUGGGGUGUUAAUGUGAAAACCUAAUGUGUAUUUUUAACUCGGCAGCGUGACCCCUGAUGGCAGCACGCUGACAUUACUGAGGCUGAGUCCUGAGGAUUCUGGGACGUACACUUGUCUGGCUGCCAGUCCGGCGGGACAGGAGAGCAAAAUCUACACCCUCUUUGUGCUCGGUCAGUUUGGACGUUACAAACGUGUGUAUCUGUGACAUGAUUUAAGUCCUCAAGUAAAGGUUUAUCUUUCAUUUACCUCAUCACAGUCCCACCUUCUAUCUCCGGAGAGACCGCCGUCCCCAGAGAGGUGCAGGUCACACAGGACAGCGCCGUGACUCUGGAGUGUCAAGCAGCAGGAAGCCCUCCGCCUCAGAUCAGCUGGCUGAAGAACGGGCGCCCGGUUCUUCUCUCCCCUCGUACUCGCCUCCUGUCCGGAGACUCUGUGCUGAGGUCAGUUUGGACAGAGACGCUCAGUACAAACAUUAUUCAUUUGUAAAGACGGCGUGUUUAUAAGUGAGGUAAUGCUUCUUCUCUCUGUCUCUGAAAAAAGGAUUUCCCCCGUGCAGCUGUCGGACUCGGGUGUUUACACAUGUAUCGCACGCAGUCGAGCUGGUCUAGCCGAGCUCAGCUAUGACGUCCAGGUCCAAGGUAGAACCAGACCGAACCGCUCACUAACCUCGGGUUUAAUCAGGAUGUGAUGUUCUGAAACUGAGGUGUGUUUGUCUGCAGUGCCCCCUGGUGUGGAUCAUGUUGAACCGGUGGAGCCCGUCACCGUGGUCCAAGGAUCUUUGGUGACUCUGACAUGCGAAGCCCGCGGCGUUCCUCCUCCAACACUGACAUGGAUGAAGGAUGGUCAGCCGCUCUCUCUUCAUCGAAACCUACUGCUGGACGGACAGGAGACCAGGCUGCAGCUGCCUGAUGUCGCACCUCCAGACGCCGGUCUCUACAGCUGCGUGGCGAGUAACCAGGCAGGAAGCAGCACCAAGAGCUUUAACCUCACUGUGCUCGGUAACCCCAAAAUAAUCCGUUCUGAAUUGUUUCAAUCUGACACUAAAUUUAAGAUUAGGUGCAAACUGAGACCGAACUCUUUGCUUCCUGAUCCAGAACCUCCGAAGAUUUCCAGCUCCGGCUCUCCAGAGGAGCUGACCAUCGCCAUCAACAGUCCACUGGAGCUGGAGUGCACGGCUGUGGGGGUCCCACCUCCCAUCCUCAGCUGGCUCAAGGACGGCCACCCCAUAGCAGGGAGUGACAUUGUCCAGCAGGACGGCCGGUUUGUCAGGAUCAGCAAAGUUCAGGUCAGUUUGUCUAGAAUGUGAGAAGACUUUAAAUUUACUAUAUUCAGCAUAGAUAUAUAGUGUUUUAGAUGCUGCAGUUUGUGGGAAUCUGUCUGAGUAUUCAUGAUUUACAUGGUUACAAAAAAUACAGCCUCGUCAUGACAACAGAACCACUCACGCUGAUUGAAUAAUCCCUUUAAAGGUGGAGGAUGCAGGUCUGUACACCUGCUUGGCCAGCAGCCUGGCAGGAGAGGAUGGACAGAACCACUGGGUCCGAGUCCAAGGUGACACAAACCGUGUUCUCACAUAUUGUCUAACUUUGAGGAGAUAUAUCAUCCCUCCCUCUGUUCCUUUUCUAACUCUGUUUACGGCUCCUGGGACAUAAUAAAUAACUCUCAGUGAAGGUUCAGAAACACACGAUCGGUUUGCAGUAAAGUGAAAACAGGCUUUUUCUUUCAGGCAUGAGCAGUUUUUGGCUGCGGUCAUAAAAAGAAUUUAUACUGAAUAUACACUGAGAUGCACGCAAUAUGAACACGCACAGAGAUUUAUCCAUACAGUAUGUGUUUUGAAGGCUCCGACAGCUUUAUUUCAGAUAUAACAUUCAGUAUCCCACAAUAACAUUAGUUCUGCCUAUUCUGCUCAUGCCAGAAUAAAAUGAUGUGGUGCUUUUAUAAAUGAAAUUAUGCACAAGGCUUUUGGUGUCUGUUCAACUGCUGGGAUUAAUGAUUCAGGGUCUGAUGUGAAAACCCAAACGCAUGUCAUCAUCCUCCUUUUUGCACCAUGACGACACACUCAGCAGAGUCGUAAACUGUGUGAGUCAUUUGAGGUAAAACAGGCCCUCUAAUCGCACACGCCUCGUGAUAAAUACUGCUCGAAGCGCACUCUUUAAGUGUAAACACAUGAUUUCAUAUCUGGCCUCUGAUCUUCCUCUGUAGUCAUCUGUUCCACAUGACCCCUGUUAAUAAUCACUGAUUGUGUUUCAGUUCCGCCAACCCUCCUCGGCUCUGGAGAUGUGAGGACGUUGACUGUACCAGUUAAUGGUCAUCUGACCCUGGAGUGCCUGGCUGACAGCGAUCCUGCUCCUGAGAUAGAGUGGUACAAGGAUGAGGCCAAAGUGCAGGUAGAGAGUUCAGAAAGAAAGAAAACAAACAAACGUCUCACUGAAAUAAACACCUCACAUGACCCAUACUUCUCCAACUGUCGACUCAGCUCGGUGGACGUAUCCAGCGGCUGGCGGGGGGUCAGUAUCUGGAGAUUCAAGAAGUCCGACCGGAGGACAGCGGCCACUACAGCUGCGUGGUCACCAACAUAGCAGGAAGCAACAGCUUGUUUUUCACCGUGGAGAUUCUCUGUAAGUCAGCCUGACAGCUUUAAAACGACGUGAAUAAUAAACCCAGCUAACGAGACGAUACGCCGUUUAUUCUAUCUGCAGUACCACCAGUGAUCAAGGAGGGCAGCACAACGGUGACCGCACACGUCGGCCAGGAUGCAGUUCUACCUUGUGAGGUCGAAGGUGACCUUUCUACUACGGUCAUAUGGAGGAAAGACGGCUUCCCUGUAACACAAGACAACAAAAAGUAGGUCACUUACUGUUACUUUACUAAAAACUAAACAGCUGCACUCUUCGCUCAUACCCUCUCUGUGUCUCUGCUGCAGGUACACUUUCCUAUCAGAGGGCUCCUUACGCGUAAACGGGGUUAAGCUGAGUGAUGCAGGUCGUUAUUACUGCACUGUGUCCAACCAGGCCGGCUCAGAUCACAGAGGGAUGGAUCUGCGGGUGUUUGGUGAGUAUAGAGAAUAAAAACUAAGAGCUGCUUUAUGACCCUGAUGCUCCUCUGCGUGGUUAGGGGAAUAGUUUUAUGUAGAAUAACUAAGUUAGGGAUGUUGUUAUCAUUUUAUUUCCAUUUAAUGACUUAAAGAAAGCAUCACGAUGAAACACACAUUUGUUGUUCACUCUGUCUCCUUUCAGUUGGUCCCUCCAUCAGUCCGGGUCCGUUCAAUGUGACAGCGACCACCGGGAUCAGAGCAAUGCUGAGCUGUGAGACGACAGGUAUUCCCCCGCCAACUGUGUCCUGGAAGAGAAACGGCACUCCCCUGGAUAUCAGCCUGCAGCCCGGAGCAUACAGGUAAACUUACAGCUGAUACAGCGCACUGUCAUCUUCAUACAGAGCUCACAUAAAAGCUCAGUUCUGUGUUGAUCUGCCAGGUUACUCCCCUCUGGCUCCCUGGUUCUGCUGUCACCGUCCACAGAGGAUGAAGGUUACUUUGAGUGCACCGCCGUCAAUGACGUCGGGGAGGAGCGCAGAGUCAUUGAGGUCUUCCUGCAGGGUAUUUAUUCAGAGUUUUUAGACAGUAAAACUGUCAGAAAGUCACUUAAGAUGACAGAUUGAAGAAUUUCCUGUUUGCUUCUUUAGUCCCGCCAUCUAUCGAGGACGACGUCACGACAGUCACAGCUGUGAAGAUGUCUCCUGUGGUCUUACCGUGUCACGUACAAGGACGACCUCAGCCCACCAUCACCUGGACAAAGGGAGGAGCCAAACUGGGGUCAAGAGGAGGAUCCUACCGUGUCCUCCCCACUGGUAUGACACCGUAUCUGGGAACUUUGUGAUGUAAAAAGAAGAAAACUUUGAAACGCACUAAAGUCAGCAUAUUUCUGCUCUCUGUAAUGCAGGAGUGUUGGAGAUAACCGCAGCUGUGCCCAGUCAUGCUGGCAGGUACACAUGCUCGGCCCGCAACCCAGCUGGAGUGGCUCACAAACACAUCUCUCUCACUGUGCAAGGUGGGCUGGAACAGCAUUACCUGUUUGGAUGCAAAAGGGUUUAAUACUUCAACAGGAGCUGUAAUGAUGGAUUUGUUCUCUCAGAGCCCCCAGAGAUCCGGCCGAUGGCGGAGGAGGUACAGGUGGUGCUGCACCAGGGGACCGUCCUGCCCUGUGAGGCACAAGGUCUGCCCAGACCGUCCAUCACCUGGCAGAGGGAAGGGGUUCCCAUAGCAACAGGUAAAGAGAGAUCGAAUCACUUCGUCACAUUCAAAGAAAGAUACUUACCAAAGCACUCAUGUGAUCCGACUCUUUAUUCAACCUCAGGUCACAGGCUGGCUGUGCUCUCUAACGGAGCUCUGAAGUUUUCUCGUGUCACGCUGGGCGACGCCGGGACGUAUCAGUGUCUGGCGAAGAAUGACGCAGGUGUAGCCAUCGGCAAGACGAAACUAAUCCUUCAAGGUAACGACGGAGCCUCCCGUUGCGUUUACUCCUCCAAGUCAAGUUGUGUCGUUUCAACAAAUUACAUAUUAAUGUUUACUUCCUCGUGUGUCUUCAGUUCCACCCGUGUUGAGUGUUCCUCGGGUGGAGUACGCCGCAGUGUUAGGUCAGCCGGUCAGUCUGGAGUGUGUCGCUGAUGGUCAGCCUCAACCUGAAGUGACCUGGCACAAAGAGAGGAGGCCUCUAGUGGACAGCGCUCACAUACGAAUCUUCGCCAAUGGAACUUUGACUAUUACGUCUACCCAGCGCAGCGACGCAGGUCUGUACACGUGUACAGCAAAGAACCAGGCGGGCAGAGCCAGCCAGGACAUGAGGCUGGUUAUUCAAGGUGAGUCACCUGUGCGUCAUUAUUUCAUGUAACAGAUGAAUGUAUAAGAUUUAUGGUUAACAGUUAAUGUUCCUUUUCAGUCCCACCCAUGAUUCCUCCGUCACAGACUGAACUGUCAGUCAUUCAAGGAUUCCAGGCGCUGCUGCCCUGUGCCGCUCAAGGUUCACCAGAGCCCAGGGUAUCAUGGGAAAAGGACGGUACAAGUGUGCCCAGCCUGCCGGGAAAGUUCACCAUCCUGAGAUCAGGAGAGCUGAUUAUCGAGAGGGCUGAGGUGGGUACGAGUCCAAACAGCAGUCUGAGCUACAUCUGUUCAGCUCUCAGCAUGUGGAUCAGCUCUGGUCGCUCUCCUCACACAGGUCGGGGACGCUGGUGUGUUCACAUGUGUGGCGACUAAUGCGGCCGGGUCUGCGAGACAAGAUAUCCAGCUGUCCAUCAACAUGAGGCCCGCCUUCAAGGAGCUGCCAGGUGACAUUACCCUCAACAAAGGUCAGAGUCUGGCCCUGUCCUGCCAGGCUCAGGGGACCCCCUCUCCUGCCAUCUCCUGGACCGUCAACAACAGUCCUUAUCCAGGUACACACGCCGUUAUACAUGAGGCUAAUACAAAGUUAUCAACUCAAACAGAAACAUCUGAUCAAGUGUUUAAUUAAAACUGUUCCAGGUGCGACUGUAGACGGGGCCGGCAGGAGCUCUGUGAUGAUAGACAACGUGUCGAUGAGUGACGCCGGGACCUACAGGUGCAUAGCAGAAAACAGCGUGGGCUCCAUCCAUGCGCUCUCGUUUGUUCGUAUCAGAGGUGAGUGACCGGUCAAGGACGAGUCUGAGCUUUUCAUUUGGCUUUCAGAGGAAAAUUCACAUCGACCUUUUCCAUGUUGUAAAUCCUUGUUGUGUCUCCAGAGCCUCCGGUGUUGAAGGGUGAAGCUCACAUGUCUCAGACAGUCGUCCAGGGAAGCUCGGCUGUCCUCGACUGCCCGGUCCACGGAGACCCCAGUCCUGUCCUUCGCUGGCUCAGAGAUGGAAAAGCACUGCUCCAUUCCCUGCGAAUGCAAGCGCUUCGCAAUGGAUCCUUGGUCAUUUACAGCGUCACUGUAAAUAUCUCUACAUUUUUAUUUUUAUUUAACUUCUCAGAGCAGAAACCUUCUCUCUUCCUCACGUCAAACCUGAGUGAUUAAACCUCCUCUUCUCUCCGCUGGCAUCACUCAUAGUUUGAUGCUUUAGAAAACAUGGUGUUAUUUAUCUUAUCCCCUCUCCCCUGGUGUAGAGGAACAGUGAGUGACUGUCCUGCAGCGUCCCUCUCCCUCUAAAUCAGAUUCACUUCAGACAGAGAGGCUAACAGCAUUAGCAGCAGAGGGAGGAGGUGAACAGAGAGCUGGAUGUUCCCAGACUCUGCCCCCUUUUCUCCUCAGGCUCUAACCUCGUUAGCUCUCUAACUGCUGCCGUAAUUGCACAGCCUUCAGUUGGGACUUUCUCACAAACAGAUGACUGUCCAUCCUACAGAGCAGUCAAACGUGAAGUUUCCUCUCUGGGGCCCAUAAUUGAUUGACAGCUGGCAGGGUAGUCUGAUUGGCAACUGAGAAGUGAGUCUGAUUGGCAACUGAGUUAAGGACGAGGUGAGUGAUCUGAGGCACAGUUGUGUCCUUAAGGCUUAAGGAUAUUUCCUCAGAGUGCCUAUUAAACUGAACCGUCCUCCUCUACCUGUUUGAUGUUCAGGCUGCAGAUGAAGGAGAGUACCAGUGUGUGGCUGAGAGUGAGGCUGGAUCGGCUGAGAGGACCAUCACGCUCAGGGUUCAGAGUAAGUAGGAAUAAAUUAGAGUUUAUCUCCCUCUUUGCAGAAUAGAAAUAUUAAUUCUCUCCUUUCUACAAAGUCAACGGAGGCUACUCGAACUGGGAGGAAUGGAGUCCAUGUAGCGUUACCUGUGGUCAAGGCUUCCAAGAGCGAAUCAGACUAUGUAACAACCCCGCACCAGCCAAUGGCGGCCGGUCAUGCAGUGGCCCCAGCAUAGACUCCAGGAAAUGUCAAGUCGGUCUCUGUCCAGGUACAGUUCUUUUUUUCUUCCCGCCUGAGGACAGCGGCGGAUUUUUUUAAUGUCAUUUUGGUCGGGUCAGAGGGUUCGUACUGAACGCUGUUUUGAGCAUGAGUGGACGAUUGGAAAGGUUAGCUUAGAGACGGAGCAGACCCAGAAAAAAAACUAAUUUACAGGAUUUAAAAUGUUUGUUUGAUCCACCCAUAAUCCAGACAUGAGUCUUCUGUAGUUCGUCUAAAUUCAUUUUACAUGUUUGGUCACGAAAGGGGAAACUCCUCGCAAGACCAGAGGCAGCCUGAUCGGCAUGGUGAACGAGAGAGAGUUUGGCGUGUCUUACCUGGAGGCCAACAUCACCGACAAUGAGGUGGAGGGGAGCAGCACUCUGCAGGCACACCUGGACAACAUCCCUCCCACUGUGGGUGAGUGAACGCAGGAGACAGGCCUGGUUAGAUCUGCAUUUUAGAGUUUAUUCAGACGUACAAAGGUAAGAAAAUAAACGGUCUUUACUCUACUUUAUUAUCCUCUCUAAUAAACACAAACAGCUAAAAACAAGUGGAGUUAGUUUGUAAUCCAAGUAGACCCUUUUGCUCCCCCUGCUGGCUGUUUGAAAGAAAAGCAGGUUUUUGGAGCUUCACUAUGAAACCAGUAUUCAGUCGAUGGUUAUUAACUUCCUCUCUGUGACAUAUUUCUAGUUCCUGCAGACCUCAUUAACUGCAUUUUUGUGGUCUUGCUGAGGUCUGAUGCUGCUCUGUUGCAGGUCCUCUGAUGAGGGUGCUGGUGUCUGUGUUUGCUCCCAUCUACUGGACCACCGUGAUGCAGACCGGAGAAGCUCGAAACGGCUUCUCCCUCACUCAGGGCCAGUUCAGACAGGAGUCUCAGCUGGAGUUUGAGAGCGGUGAGUACGACCGGCACCUGUUUUGUCAAAGACUUUGUCUAUUUGUGAGGCAAAUUUGUCUCUGUAGUACGCACAAUAACCAGCAGAUGGCAGCACUCACCGCUGCAGAUGUAGACUCAUGCUUUCCCUGCUGCUUCUUUGUUACUCUAAAUGAGACGUGAUUGCUCUUGUUGUUUCUAAUCUCUCUAAACAGGAGAGAUCCUCCGUCUGACUCAUGUGGCCAGAGGUGUGGAUUCAGAGGGAGUCUUACUCAUCGACAUUGUAAUUAACGGAUUUGUGCCUCCUUCACUGACAUCAUCUCAUCUGAGCCUUCAGGUGAGCUCGCAGCUGCUCGAAUAACACUCUCAAAGACCCGACACAUAUCUCACCAGAUCGCCCGUUAAUGCGCUGAAGAUCCUCUCCGGUCUGUCUGACCUGAUUUCUCCCGUGUCCCUCAGGAGUUCGAUGAGUCAUACGUGCAGACAGGCCAAGGACAGCUGUACUCAUGGUCCUCGCAGACCCACCAGAGAGGAGGAAACCCCUUGGUGCUGCGCUGCAACCACACCAUUAUUUAUGAGGGCCAGGAGGAGCGCCAGGGCCCGCUGCUGCAGCUGCUCAAGGUCUCGGGGAUGAACAGCGUCUACAACAUGUUUACCCUCACGGUCGACUUCCACAUCACUGCCAGCCUCCUGGUACCAGGUCUGAUUUAAAACCUCACCAUCUCACGGAGCACUAAAAGUGAAUGUUGAAACGGCCGUAAACUAAACUUUAUUGUUUGCAGAUGGUUACGAUGAAACCUGCCCUGAAGGUUUCGCUCUGGACACGGCCUCCUACUGUGCUGGUAUGCUGCUCUCCUUUUCAUGCCUCCUGUAUCUCUAACCUUCAUCUCAGCGUUUGCCAGAUUUGUUUAUGUAAUUAACUGUGUCCGUAUUAGACGAGGACGAGUGUGCGCUCCAGUCUCCCUGCUCCCACUCAUGUAACAACAUCAUGGGAGGAUUUUCCUGUUCCUGCCCCUCUGGCUUCACCAUCUCCGCGGACACGAACACAUGCACCGGUGAGACAAAAACAGCCGUUCCUGGAGCUUGUAUGAGAUCCGCAGAGUAAAGGGAAAAUCUUCAUCUGCCUAACAUUUGGUCUUAUACUUAUGUUUCCGUUUAAUAUGAUACAGAUAUCGACGAGUGUUCCCAGAGUUCACACAUGUGCCACUACAACCAGCAGUGUGUCAACACAGUGGGAGCGUAUCGCUGCCAAGCCAAGUGUGGGCCCGGAUUCAAACCCAGCAUCACAGGGACCAGCUGUGAAGGCAAGUCCAUCCCCGUGACUCCAACUGCUCUGUCAUUUACAGAGAGACAAAGACACGGUCACGUUACUGUACACUGAGCUGACUGCGCUUGGUUUACGCACACACUUUAGUGACUUUUGAAAGUAUCCGUCAGACAAAAACAGCUCUCAUUCUCACCCUGAAGUUGAUCACAAGUGUUUUCAGAGGCCUUGUGUGGUCGGAUUUGUACAGUUUCUUGUCUCGGCUCUCUCACCACCUCCUUUUUUAAAACCGUACAGAGCAGAAAGAGACAGAUGUGUCAAUUAUGUUGCAGAUGUGGAUGAGUGCCAAGAGUCUGCCAUCUCGCCCUGCCAGCAUCAGUGUCUCAACACCCUGGGCUCCUUCCGCUGUAUCUGCCAUCCUGGAUACCAGCUGUCAGGACACCGCUGCCUCGGUCAGUUACAUAACGUGUUGGCACUGUCAUGUGCCUUUAAGAGCCGAGUAAAGUACAUGAAAAGUCAUUAUACUGUUUUAGUUUCAGCCAAUUAACUCAUCGAUUAUAAAAGUACAGACUAUAGCAGUUUAAAAAGUGUCUAACAGCUCUGUUUUAACUUUUCAGACAUCAACGAGUGCACGAGGAAUGUGUGCCCGGCUCAUAAGGAGUGCAGAAACACAGAGGGAGGAUACCAGUGUCUCGACAGCUGCCCGGCUGGCCUGACCAAAGCUGAGAGUGGAGCCUGUGUUGGUGAGAAGCUCUCAGAUGUUUUAAAUCGAUGCCAUCUUCAUCGAGGAGACUCUGAAUGUAACAUCUAAACAAAAACAGAGAACUCUUUACGCCACAGAGAGACAAUACUCACUCAUUCAUGCAGAGUUACACCUGAUUUCAAACACCGAGUCGACACACAUUUGACUUGUGACAGCGUGUCAACCUGGUCCUGACUGUAUUAGAGUAAUCCACCCAGUGUUAACAGGACUGUCGGCUCCUUCAGACCUCCUCAGAGUUACAUAACGCAGGAUCAGAUUUCACAGGAUGGCAUCUGGGAGAAAAAUGCAGCAAGCGGUCGAUCUUCAAAAGGAGAAAUUUUUACUUUUCCACAGUCGUCGUGUUUGUUUGGAUGCACAAUAUCAUGGGUGUUUUAUUGGUGUCUGAAUAAUAGCUCAAAAAGUUUAAUAUCAGCACAGCAGAUUAAACAUUUCUGAGGAUUUAACUAUCAGCCAAAAACUUGACACAUUAAUUACCUGAUGACAGCUUUGGAUAAGUCAUGCAUCCUUCCUAAUCUGUGCACAAGGGAACGAAGGAUCCUCUUUAAUACAGGCUGCAUCAAAGUAUUUUAGUAAUAUCUGUGUAGUAUUAAAGUAUAAGCUCUGCAGUACUCUUUUAUUCUAGUGUCAUAUUUUCUGCAGGAUUUGCACAUUAAAUAUUCUGAACUUCACCUUUCUCAGAUAUCGAUGAGUGCCAGGAUGGAAGCCACAUGUGCCGCUACACUCAGGUCUGUCAGAACACGAUUGGAGGUUACGGUUGUGUUUGCCCCAGAGGUUACAGGUCUCAGGGAGUCGGCCUCCCGUGUCUGGGUAAGACUUCUCCUCUUCUCCUCCACCAAUCACCUUUGACCCGACAUGUACCUGAUCCUUGCGCCACUUUUCGUUCCGCCCUGCAGACGUCGACGAGUGUCAGCAGACUCCAAACCCCUGCGCCUUCCAGUGUCGCAACGUGCCCGGCAGUUUCAGGUGCCUGUGUCCUCCUGGUACCGUGCUGCUCGGAGACGGGCGUUCCUGCGCCGGGCUGGAGAGAGGGACCACCUUCACCAACGGCACCAGGGUCAGGGCGAGACUCCGCCCACAGCUGGUGUCGUCUCUGGGCAGGCCGAUCCUCUCACGCUCUCAGGGAGUCUCUCGCAUCACCAGGCAGAGCUGUCCUGCAGGGUACACCAACAGAGACGGCACAUGUGUCGGUGAGUGUGCAUCAACGCAAAACCACGAGGAAAUUAAAUAACUCAAGAUGUGUUAAAACGCUCCAAAACAGAUGUAGGUCUUUAUGUUUUAUGGAAGAGUGCCACCCUCAAAACUGGAGCUCUGGAUAGUCAACACAUUAUAUUUUUACAGGAGGGAUUAGCCUCUCCAGAGUCCUAAUAAACCUCGGAGGAUCUGCCAGCUCGAACUAACGUUAGCGUCUCUACUCAGGGAUUAAAACAAAAAAAAAACCUUUGGACUGGUAAUGUUCACGUUUAAAUCAACUUACAGGAGAGCGCUCCAUAUAAGUCCUCAUGAUUGUGAACCAGUUUUUUUCCCCAAAGAUGAAAGAAAAUGUACUUUUUUUUUAGAGUGUGAGGGCCACAGAUACGACCUUACUGUAACCUCAAAGUUGUCAGUGAGAAGAUCCACAUUAGAAGAAAAAGCAAAUAUGACAGAAUACAAGAAAAUAAACAUUGAGAGAUCAGUCUGUGAGAAAAGAGGACGUUAUUUUAAUCCUAAAAAGAGCUGUAAUCAUGACUCUGAUCUUAAAGCAGUCAUAACACAGGACAGAGAUACUCUUACAAGUGUUACAGAGCGCCAAAAGCACGAGAUAAGAUAAGAUAAGAUAUAUGUUUAUUUGUCCAAAAGGGGGAAAUUCAAAAAAAUCAAACUAUGCAGUUAUUGGGCAGAAUAUUUUUAUUUCCUUAUUUCUCUAAAUAUUCUCCCUCCAACCAGUGAAGAUGCAUCAACACAAUAUCAUCAUAAAUUCAUAAUAUCAUAUAAUAAAGUAGAGUUAGCGUUUAGGGCAUACUGGCCUUCACACAACUAAACUGUGUCUUUAAAAUGUAAAUGUUUUUUAUUUAUACAGCUCUUUACAACAACACUUUCAGUGAACCAAAGUGCUUCACAAUACAUAGAAAAUAAAAAUGAAUGAGUAAAAACAUACGCCAGCAUAAAUAAGUUCGUUUUUAAUCAGGAUUUGAAAAGGCCCAGGUCGGACAUAGGUCUUAUCUCGGUGGGGAGUUUAUUCCAGAGUCUGGGACCAGAAACUGAAAAGGCUCGGUCACCUCGGUGUUUAACUUUUGACUUCACAUGUGACGGUAAAAACACGUUAAACUGUUUUCUUUGUUUCUUCAUCCAGAUGUGGACGAGUGUCUCCUCAGGAAACCGUGUCAACACAAGUGCCAGAACACCGUGGGCAGUUUUCAGUGUCUGUGUCCCCCCGGGUAUCAGCUGUUACCCAACGGCAGGAGCUGUAAAGGUCAGCUUUAAAUCUGCGACCACGUGACCUCCAUAGAUUCACUCAGCAGCUGAACUCCUCACUCUCGUCUCUUUGUCUCCAGAUAUCGAUGAAUGUGUCGAACAAGGCAUCAAGUGUGGAGCCAAUCAGAUGUGUUUUAACACCCGGGGAGGAUACCAGUGUUUGGACACGCCCUGCCCAGCCUCGUACCAGAGCGGAGGACGCCCCGGGUAAACACUGAGAACUGAGAACUGAAAACUAGAUCAGACGAUAGAUGUUGUGAUAUUGAUCUCCUAUCCUCUUGGUCUUUCAGGACCUGCUUCAGGCCGUGCUCUCUGGACUGUGCGGCGGGAGGAUCCCCUCUGCUGCUGCAGUACAAGCUCCUCACUCUCCCCUCCGGUAUCCCCUCCAAUCACAACGUGGUACGACUGUCGGCUUUCUCAGAGCUGGGCGUCCUGCAGGAGCGCACGUCUUUCACCAUACUGGAGCAGGAAUCAGAGACGGGUGUGCUGGGUCGAGUGUUCGGCAUCAGGGACGAGGCGGGCAGAGGGAUCAUUUUCACUCGGAGGGCUCUGGACAGACCGGGACUGGUGCGGCUCAAGGUGCAGGCCACCACCAUCUCACCGGGGGGACGCAUCACCUAUCAGAGCAUCUUCAUCAUCUACAUCUCCAUAUCCACGUACCCGUACUGAGACUUUCCCUGACCGCUCUACUGAUGACUCUGCCUCACAGCGGCCUCCUCAAACCCUGUGACAUGGACACACUGGGCCCUGCAAAGAAGCUUUAACGAGGACGUUCCCGUGUGUGUGCCUUAUCGGUGCAUCUUUCGAUCAAUCGUGAAAAUGCAGAAUGUAAAGAGAGUUUUUAUGUCGCUUUAUUUGUCAUUUUGUAUUUUAAUUUCUAACGUUUCUCCUCGUGUGUUUGCAGCCUGCACUUAGAAAUAGAAGACUUAGAUGUUUCCCCCUUUUUACUCUAAUUUAUUGAAGUCAUUUGAACGCAUCACCUCUCGUCCCAGAGGGUUCGAGGGAAUAAGAGUCGACCAGCUUUAUUACGACAAUCCUUGAACGGCACAUUGUAACUGUGGCUUGUAAGUAGUGACAGUGUUUGAUCCAUUUUGUGUGGUUUUUUUACUCUUUUUUAACGUUUUUUUAUCAUGUGAGAAAGUUUAAAGGUGCUAUUCUGAAUGUAGUCACGUUUGGUAACAUUAACUUCUCUGUGUCGGUGAUGAAACUCAUGUUUAUGUGUUUAAUUCCUGCAGUUUGACAUUCACGUCACUUAACACGACUUUAUUGUUCCCUUUUUUUAAAACACGUCAUCCUGCCUUAAAAAAAAAGUGCCUUUAUAUUUAUACAUCAGAGACUUAGGGGAGUUAUCGAAGAACCAAAAACACACCCAACUGCAGUUAAAACGUUCAUCCUCUGGUUUCAAAUGAACUUUUCCCUGUCGUUGUAAAUGAGUGUUUGUUAUUGUUGUAAAAUUAAAACAGCCCACACUUUU